AUGAACAAUGAGAGUGCCCUCGUCCCCGAGCGCGGCCUGCGUAUCUCGCAGGGGAAAGACGACCACCUCGGAACCUUGCUGCGAACGCUCGAUGCCGUUAUCUUCCUCCAGAUAGGCAUCGCAUACCUCUCCGACAAUCUUACCUUCCUCCUCGUCCUGCGCGCAGUGUCUCAAGUCGUGCAUGUCCAGUAUCGACCGCCGGCCACGACUCAGCAGCUAACGCCCAUUCUCUUUGUCAAUGUAAUCUGCUACAUAUCACACCUGCUGGCUGACCGAUCCGGCACGAAAUACAUACACGGAGGACUGAUUAUUGAUUUUGUGGGCGAACUGCCGUCUUCGAGAUGGAAGCUUCUAUUACAGGAUUCGAUCCUUGCUGCCCUACAGCUACUCAUGCUGGUCGUUGGCUAUCAAAAGCAGCUCCUUUUCGGGGAGACGCAGCCGCAAGCGGAUGCACCGCAGCAAGAUCUGGAGGCGGAGGAGGAAGGGCGACGCAGAUCCCGCGACCAGGAGCCGCAGGCUGAGACCGAGCAAGGUAUAGAAUUACAAAGUUUCCUACCAGAAGGGUCCGAGCAGGCACACUCUGCCCCAACGAAGUCAGGGAAAAUGAGCGACCAAGAUGACGAUUUGAUAGUGCUUGACAUGCGAAAAGGGCUGAAGGCUUUGUUCAGAAGACCAAUCCCAACCACCUCACCAACGGUGGAAGACCCGACGGUGCGUGCAGGUCUUGCGAAUGUGUUGGCUAGAGUUGCUGCUGCACGGGCGCGAGCUCAGGCUUGA